UAAUACCCGGACGUAGUAUCGUAUUUCCGGCUGCCGGCGGCAUUCUGUUCAUAGCUGCUCUGUUAGCUUCUUUCUGCCUGUUUUUAGCCUUUUUAGUUGAAAAUGGGGGAAGCAGAUGUGACACUGAAUCAGACCGACGAGAAGCCUCCAGACUCGGGGUUGGUUACCGGGGAGGACUCGGUGGUCUGGAGCCACGAGGUGGAGGUCUGUCUGUUUCACGCGAUGAUCGGACACAAACCCGUCGGAGUGAACCGUCACUUCCACAUGAUCUGUAUCCGAGACAAGUUCAGCCAGAACAUCGGACGACAGGUUUCCUCCUCCGUCAUCUGGGAUCAUCUGGGAACGAUGUACGACAUGCAGGCUCUGCACGAGUCGGAGAUUUUGCCGUUCCCAAACACAGAGAAGAGUUUCUCUCUGCCUGAUGACAUCAUCCAGGAGGUGAAAGAAGGGAAGCUGGGCUCAGAGGAGGAGACCAAAGAGGAGUUCAGGAUGGAGAGGGAACCUCCAGCUACACAUGAAGAAGGCAGUAACUCAUCAGUGAAGACUUCGGAGCGAACGAGCAGCAGUCGGGACAAGGAGAGAGAGCGAGACAAGGAGAAGGGAGGCAGUGAAGGAGGAGCGGCAGCAGGAGGGGGAGGAGGGGGAGGCGGAGGGAAGGAGGCGGAGAAGAGGAAGAGGAGUCGAGCGGCCGAGAAACUGCUGUCGUCUUCCAACCCCGCGAGUCCGGGAGGAGCCAAGAGGAGACGCACCUGAGAGGUGGACACAGAGAGACACAGUGUGUGUGUGUGUGG